AUGAACAGAAUAAAUAACGUCCUUUCUCUUAUUCAGUCUUAGGAGAUAAACAACUUUUAGCGCAUGAAAUAAUAACAAGUUAAUGGCAGACCACUAACUCGUGGAUAAGCUCAAUAGUCAAACAUUACUGAUGCUUUCGUCUUACCAUUAACCUAGAAAUGUUCAAUGCUAGUUUAAUUAGUAAAAACUAAACCUUAAGUGAUGAUAUUGAGGAAAACGUAUAUUCAAGCUAUUAGAGAUAAAAAUAUUUGA